UCAUUCAAUACAGUUGUAAUGGGAGUUUUCGUCUCAUGGAUAUUCUUACCGAUUUUCUCCGAACUCAAACUAACUUCCGUCUUUAAGUACUUUGAGCUGCGAUUCAAUCGAAGAGUGAGAUUGCUGGCGAGUGGAUUGUACCUCUUUAGCAGCCUAAUCUACCUGCCUGUUAUAAUCUACGUUCCUGCACUAACCUUCCAGAGAGUUACUGGAUUAGACACCUACGUAACAGUGGUAGCUUUAACAGUGAUUUGUGCUAUAUAUACUGCAAUUGGUGGAUUUAAGGCUGUAAUUUGGACUGAUGUAGUACAACUGAUCUUUAUGUUUGGCUCACUGUUUACCAUAAUUAUCAUUGGAAUUUAUUCAGCAAAUGGGGUUGAAAAUGUUAUUGAUGCAGCUAAUCGAGGUGGAAGAUUAGUCAUUGCUAAUUACAAAGAAAUAAACUCAAGAUCAUCAAUUUGGGGUCAUGUAUUCUCUACUUCACUGGUAGCGGUCUAUCAGUUUGGCCUGAAUCAAACAAAUAUUCAGAGAUUCAUGUCCUUUUCAAAUCUCAAGACAAUGAGAAUAUCAGUUUGGAUUCUUGCUGCGGUGUUUAGCAUCUUCAUGAUACUCUCUUCAAUUUUGGGAAUUAUCGUUUAUGCAAAUUACGAGAGCUGUGACCCUUUUGGAGCAGGACUUAUCAAAAGGAUUGAUCAUAUUCUUCCUCAUUUUAUUCAAGACAAGGCAAACCUUUUUCUCGGCUUCAGUGGAAUCUUCAUUGCUGGACUCUUCUCGUCAAGCUUAUCAACGUCUUCGUCCUACUUGAAUGCUAUGAGCGGAAUCAUCUAUGAAGACUUUAUAAGCCAGAGAUAUCCUAGAAUGAAAGAGAGCACAGCUGGUAAAGUUAUGAAAGCAACUGUAUUCAUUCUUGCUGUCUUCCAAAUAAUCUUGGUUUUCUUCAUUGAACAAAUGGGUUCGAUACUAAAAAUUGUUACACAAUGCAUGUCUCUCAAUGCAUGUGCUCUACUCACCCUCUUUGCUCUUGGUGUAUUUAUUCCUCAUGCUAACAGCAAGGGAGGUCAAUUUGGAGCAUUGGCUUCAAUUGCCUGUAUUCUUACUUUAAUGCUUGGAAGCCUUAAUGGCGUACACGAACCUACUCUUCCAUUGCGGACAGAUGGUUGUGACCUUAAGAUUCCUUUACAACUGGACACCUUUAAUAGAACUGUAAAUAGACUUUCUGAUGUUCUUGUUAAAGAAGCAGAAGAAAAUGAUAUUUUCUGGAUCUUCAAAAUUAACUACAACUACUACGGAUUGAUAGGGAUUUUUAUAGGUUUAUUAGUAGGUUCCACAGUUAGUUUCCUCACUGGAGGAAAUGCUAUUAAAGACCAAAAACUCAUUGCUAAAUUUCUGAGAGAGAAGCCUUUGCAAGAAGAAGAAAUGAUCCUAAAGAAACCAAUAAUUCAGGAACAGAUUUAAAUGUUUUCUAUUUAUUUAUUUUCUAUUCACAGAGACCGUUAAGUUUGACUGAAAUAUUUUAAUUUAAAAGCUUUUUUUGUAAUUUAUUUAAACUAGUAAUUUAUUCAAAAAGGAUCAGUCAUAAAUAAAUAAAUAUAAAAUGAACAAAUUUUAACUAUUUAGAACACAUUAUUGCUUGCUAAGGAGAAUCAGAUUCCCUCUUCUUGGAAUGGAAAUAAAUUUUAUGAUCGCGAUCCUCUGCAACAUCCUUGCGUGCUAACAUUUGAUUUCCCCCAU